UGGUAGUUUUAUUAGAUAAAAAAAAAACUCGAGCGAUGUGCGAUGCUGAUGAACAACGAAAAUAUUUCGGAUCCAUGAGCUAGUUCUGAAACGUGCUCUGGACUAGGUGUGUUUCAGUUUCGCGAAUUAUUGUAGGCAAUCAAGAUGAAAAUUCUUCGCGAGGAUCAUUUUUUUUGUAUUGCUUGGUUGACGUUUAUUUCCUGUGUGAAGUACUCGUACGCUUCGCUAUAUUCGGAAGAAUUGGAUCCAGUUUACGGUACGAGGAAAUUUGCGCCCACCAAUCGAUACAAAGAAGCCAUAGCCGAACACUUGUCACGUUUCGUGAAAAAUAAUACGAUCUUCGUCGAGAUCACUUCCGGAACGGGGCAACUGAUUUCCUUUUUAGCCGACUAUUUUCCAGCCAUUACGUUCGUACCGAGUGAUCACGAUCCUUACAAUAUUCCGUCGAUCGAGUUUUAUAAAAAGCUCAACAUGGUGGGCAAUCUGAAAGCUCCGUUUCUUUUCGACGUACGCAUCGAUUCGAAUAAAUGGUUCAAGCGUACAAUGCAGAACGAAACUGUCGACUAUAUUUUCAAUUCGUAUUUAAUACAUCUCGCUCCGCCCGAAUGUUACAAAGCUUUAAUUCAAGGAGUCAAUCAGUAUUUAAAACACAGAGGAUUAUUCUUCUUGUUUGGCCCGUUCAAAUAUCUUAAUAAUACGUUGACCGAAGCGGAUAGAAUUUUUGAUCAACAACUCAAAGAAGCCAAUCCAUUGUGGGGUUUACGAGAUGCCGAAGAAGAGAUACGAGUAGAAUUGGAGAAACUCAAUAUCCUACUGUGUGUUACCUUCAAUUUCGCCUUCGAUUUACAACUGCAAGUUUACAAAAAAGGCACUCGUGUGUUGUGGUAAUUGUUUAUUUCGAGUGAUCCAUCUUCAACAGGUUCACCCCCCUAAAAAUAAGGGUACGUUCACUUGAACGUGGCUAUUGCAAUAAAAAGUUGGAUCUGAGUAA